AUGAUGACUCGCAUUUUUCUUCAACUACUCUUAUUGGGAAAUGCUCUGGUUUUGGUGGCCGGUCUUUUUUUCUCAUCAGGACUUAAAUCACCCACUGUGUAUGAGAUGAAACAAAAGUUACUUACAAUAGGUACUUCGUCAUACACAAUCAAGGACAAGAAGGGCAAUCCCGUCUAUAAAGUCGGAUUCAAAACACUAGGUCUGGGUAAACAUUUGGAAUUAACUGAUAUCAAUUCAGGAACAGAAUUAUAUUCGAUCAAACACAUUAUCAAUCCACUUGGACUCGCCAAAUAUGAGAUUCGUCAAAACAAUCAAGUCGUCGCUGAUGUGAAGCGUAAAGUGAAAUGGACUGGACUUGGCACCAAAUUCAAGGCAAUGCUUGUGAAAAAUCUUUGA